UUUUUGUUGGACGGUCCCUUGGCUGGCCACUGGCAGCUGGAGGAGCAGUGAAGCAGAGCGCAGCCGCUUACACCGGGUCAGCGCAGCAUCCCCGUCAUACUGAUUGUCAGUCAUACUACCGGGGAGACGGACACGCUUCACUUCACAUGAGCCGUGCAGGCGCUUUGUGCGUAUUGAGCUGGAUUUACGACGCAUCACAUCUCAUCACCCCGCUUUUGACGGAUCCCUGGACCCCGCAAACCUUUUCAACCGUCGGGAGCAAGAAAUGUCACCGUGACGUUACAGCCUCCAUCUUCGCCGUAACCAAACCAUGAAGAGAUGACCGGCGUGUAGAGCUGACAUCUAGGCAGGUGUCUCCGCUAACAGUGAGCAGCAGAGGAGCUGACGGUAAAUGAGAGGCCGUCACCAUGCCCCCGGGGAAGUAUGGGAUGCAGGAGGACUGGGAGUGGGAGGGGAACCAGCAGAUCAUGAUGGACUUCCUGCUGCCCACUGGGAUCUUCCUCAAAUUCCCUGUGUCUCAUAAUGACACCAUCACAAGCAUCAAAAGGAUGGUUUGGAAAAGUGCCAGAGGCGAGGUCCUGUUCAGUGCGUUGGGUGAUCCCGACGCCUACGUCUUCACUUGCAUCAACAACACAGCAGAGAGGGAGGAACUGGAGGAGGAAUCGAGGCGUAUAAGCGACGUGCGGCCCUUCAUGUGUGUUUUGAGACUGGUGGCGAGGGAGGGCGACCGUGUGGAGAAACUCACCAACUCACAAAUCGGCCAGUUAAUUGGCAAAGGUCUGCACGAGUUUGAGGUCCAGAAGAACCAUGAGGUGCAUGAGUUUCGGACUAAGAUGCGUGCGUUUUGCGAAGAGAAGGCUCAGGAGCGGCAGACGUUGCCAUGGCAGCAAUGGAUGGAGUACAGCUACCCGUGUGACCUGGAGCCAUGUUGCUCACCGCCGGAGCGUGGGAGCGUCAAGUCAAAAAACACCAAGAAGAUAUUUGUCAAUGUCAAGUUCGAGGCUUGCGAUGAAAGCUUCAUGCUGCAGCAGGACCCUCAGGACCCGCCAAUAACUCUGAUUAGGAGCGCCCUGAAGAAGAAGGCCACCGUCUUCCGCUCAGUGCAUCAGAAGCCUGAGGACUACACCUUACAGGUCAACGGGAGGUGGGAGUUCAUCUAUGGGAAACACCCACUGUGCCAGUUCAAAUACAUUUUCUCAUGUUUGAGAAAUGGCCAGAACCCUCAACUAACCAUGGUGCAUCACGCCACCAUCAACAAAUAUCAGGAGGAGCAGGGCAGGAUGUGCAGCCAGAUAUACAAGAGUCGCUCCUUGUCCAGACCUCCUCCACUGCCAGUGAAAAAGCAGAAUACCUCCUCUUUGUGGUCCAUCAAUGAGAAUUUCCACAUUCACCUGAUACAGGGCAGCCGAGUCAAUGCAGACGAAGGGAUGAAGCUUGUGGUGCAGGCCGGUCUGUUCCAUGGCAGCGAACUGCUCUGUAAGGUGGUGACGAGCUCCGAGCUGACGGUGUGCUCUGAGCCGCUGUGGGAUCAGAGGCUGGAGUUUGAUAUACAUGUGGCUGACCUGCCUCGCAUGAGCCGCCUGUGUUUUGCGCUCUACGCUGUCAUUGAGAAAGCUAAAAAACCCCGUGGAACCAAAAAGAAGAAUAAGAAAGCGGAUUGUCCAAUUGCCUGGGUGAACACCAUGGUGUUCGACUACAAGGACCAGCUGAAGACCGGGGACUUCUCCUUGUCCACAUGGCCAUCUGUUCCUGAUGACAAAAGCGACCUGUUGAACCCAAUGGGAACCGUCGAGAAGAACCCCAAUGUUGACAGCUCUGCUGAGCUUCUCAUUUCCUUCCCAAACAUCAGGCCACAUCCUCUCUAUUACCCUCCACUCGAAAAGUUCAGUGAUAAGGAGAAAAAUGGCGAGGCAGGUGUUACAACUAAAGAAGAGCACAUGAAGCUAAAAGAAAUAAUGGACAACAAAAACUACACCGAGUUUUUUGAGGACGAGAAGGAGCUUUUGUGGAAACACCGUGUUGUAGUCCGCAACUUUUAUCCUGAAAGUCUGUCCAAGCUGCUCCUCAUCACCAAGUGGAAUAAGGUUGACGACGUAGUUCAGAUGGUGAGUUUACUAAGGAACUGGCCAGAGCUCCCUGCCAUCCAUGCCUUGGAGCUCUUAGACUACAGUUUUCCUGACCCAGCGGUUCGUUCUUUCACUAUCAGAUGCCUCAGGAAGCUCAGUGAUGAUGAACUGCUACAGUAUUUAAUCCAGCUGGUCCAGGUCCUGAAGUACGAGUCCUACCUAGAAUGUGACCUCACCACUUUCCUUCUAGAGAGGGCUUUAUCCAACAUGAGAAUAGGACACUUUCUGUUUUGGCAUCUCAGGUCAGAGAUGCAUGUGGCAUCUGUGAGUUUGCGUUUUGGCCUGAUUCUUGAGGCCUACUGCAGGGGAAACAUCCACCACAUUAGGCUCUUACUCAAACAGCACGACGCUCUGACCAAGAUGAAGGCCCUGAGUGACUUAGUCAAGUCGGGCUCCCAAAGGACGACAGUGGAGGACCUGAAGCUUUGUAUCAGACAGGGGUCCUACCUUGAGACCCUGUCAGACCUGCAGUCACCACUUAACCCCAACAUCAUCCUCAAUGACAUCUGCGCAGAUAAGUGCAGAUUUAUGGAUUCCAAGAUGAAGCCGCUAUGGCUGCUGUACAGGAACCCCUCAGCCCACGGAGACAUGGUGGGCAUCAUUUUCAAGAACGGAGAUGAUCUUCGACAAGACAUGUUGACCCUCCAGAUGAUCCAGCUCAUGGAGAAUUUAUGGAAGAAAGAAGGCCUGGAUCUUAGGAUGAUCCCAUAUGGCUGCUUGUCCACUGGGCACAAGACGGGGCUCAUCGAGGUAGUGAAGAACUCUGACACCAUCGCCAAUAUCCAACGCAACAGCAGCAACAGUGCUGCAACUGCUGCCUUCAACAAGGACGCCUUGCUCAACUGGCUCAAAUCUAAGAAUCCAGAGGACAAACUUGAUCAAGCAAUAGAGGAGUUCACGCUGUCUUGUGCUGGCUACUGUGUAGCUACUUACAUCUUGGGCAUCGGAGAUCGUCACAAUGACAAUAUCAUGAUCAGGGAAACUGGACAGCUAUUCCACAUUGACUUUGGGCAUUUCCUUGGCAACUUCAAGCGGAAACUAGGGAUCAACAGGGAGCGUGUGCCUUUUAUCUUGACUUACGACUUUGUCCAUGUGAUCCAACAAGGAAGGACCAACAACAGUGAGAAGUUUGAGAGGUUCAGGGAGUACUGUGAGCGGGCCUAUAAGAUCCUGUGUCGGAACGGGACGCUGUUUGUCAACCUCUUCGCUAUGAUGAAGGCAGCAGGACUGCCUGAGCUCACCUCCUUCAAAGAUAUUCAGUAUCUAAAGGACUCUUUAGCUUUGGGAAAAUCCGAGGAAGAGGCCUUGAAGAACUUUAAGGUGAAGUUCAACGAAGCUCUACGAGAGAGCUGGAAGACCAAGGUCAACUGGAUGAUGCACUCCUUGGCCAAAGAUAACAGACCAUGAAGAACACUGAACCAAAAAUGAUUAACUUAUGGACUUAAAAGAGAAGAAAGCGCAAUCAGAUAUUUUACUUUAUUGACUGCAUUCAAAGACACUCAGCAAAUGUUUACACCUGACUGACCUGUCUGUGGGAAGCGACGACUAACCAGAGGCAUCCAAAGACAGCGAGAUAAUCACGGAGCAGAGCAUCAACACAAAUACUUGUGUGGAGGAAAUCCAUCACACUCAUCUUUCUGCCAUCAAACAGUGGGAUUCUACGUGUGUUUUUGAUGUGUUGAAAUGGCUACUUGAAAACUACCUUUUCAGCAGGAAGCAAACUGCAAAUAAACUUUGUGAUGACUUAAGACAAAGACACAAUUCAGUCCUGCGACGGGGCAGCAGUUUCACCUCAAGUCUUUCAUACGAUUUACAACCUUCAACGGCCAUGUCAUUCCCUCUCAUUUCAACUGCCUCUUUGCAAUAGUGUCUUUAAUUUUAUUAUAUUAUAUUUUAUUUAAUUUUAAGUACUUGUACAAAGACAUGAUAAGAUAUUUUAAAAAGACUUUGGGUUGUAUUGCUAAAUACAGUAUGUUGCCUUUGAAGUGCCGGUAGACGGUAACAUCGGACAAUGGAAAAUUCAUUGUGAGAUCAGAAAAUAAUUGCUGAAUGAGACUUUUAUUUAAAUAACACCCCUGUGUGCCAGGUUGUGUUUACUACACAGGGACGCAAAGAAGACUAUGGACUUGUAUAAGUCAUGUGACUUAGGGAAGUGUUUCAGAAAAUGUGGUUCUCCUACACAUGGCCGUUUUGAAAGUGUGCAUCUCUACUGUGUGUGUUAUUCCAGGUGAUGCACGUCUUGCGUCUAUGUGUGAGCGCUUCUGUUAUUCUCUGAUAUUUAAGUUAUGCACUGCGACUCCCAUGUUUUUAACUGUUUUAAGCUGUGCCAGGUGCCAUGAAGGAGAUUUCAUGCUUAUAGUGUAGAACACCUCUAUACUUUGACAUAUCUAAUGCAGUGUAAAAUGAUGUUUUGUCCGUUUAAAUGAGACUUUGUGCUGUAUGAUUUAAUGUUAUGGUGCGUUCAAAUUACUUUAGAUGCUGUAUAUCCAGCUGUCAGUCCAGCAAGGACCACUUGAAUAGGAGAAGACGGUGUGCUUUUUCAGAGCCAUUUUUAUUUUGCAUAGGAGUGCAGAUGAUCUCUACUGUUUGUAUGAGUCUUUGUUCAAUGAUGACUUUUACAGAAGAGGAAGUGUAGCUGUAGAUUACACAGCAAGAAGAUUUAAAUACCUUAAGCUACUGAAAUAUUUACUGUAGCAGAGACUUUAAAUAUGGGUCAUGACUGUCUCUCAGUGUGGGCUUAGCUAAACACUUUGCUGCUGCUUUAAGCCUGGAGGAGUGAUUCUAGUGAGUGUAUGGGCUACUUUUGCAGAUUGUAAAAUACACUGCUGUUGCCUUUUUAAUUGAUUGUAAUUCAUGAAUUCUGUCAAAUGGUACAAAACCUUUAGAGGCUCAGGCCUGAUUUACAUGUGUGCAGCUAAAAUAGACAAAUCAUCCUGUCAACAUUGUAGGUCUAAUGUUGACUGUCCUUCAUCUGCAUCCUGUUUUUACAUUUGCUUCACUUGCUGUUGGGAGGGAAACAUGCUCUCAAUAAACAGUUUACAACCGCAGAGCUCAGUGAGGCGUACUUUGGGCCAAGCCAUCGUCUACCUGUUUCUUUCAAAAAGACUGAUGAUGGACAAGGUCAAAACCACCAAAGUCUCCCUUCUUUUCCAUUAACCCAGAAUAAUCCCCAGUAUUUUGAGGACAAGUGUGGGAGUUCAUGUGUAGAAAAUCAAAUAAUCCAGUUCUCCAAAUUAUAUCAGCUGGAUGUGCAAAUGUCUCUCCAACUGAACAAAGAAAAAAGUAAAUAAAUGAUUUGUGUUAUGAAUAAAUCAAUGAAAAAUAGUCCUGUAUGUCCUUGUAUGUUAAUAAUUUAAAUUAUGUGUUUAGUGUAGCUUCCAUAUUAAGCAACGUGUAAUAUGUGACAGGCUGUGGAUCUACUUUGGGGCUGUAAGAAUUCAAUUGAUUUCUGAUUUUGUUGGGCAGUUGUUGCAAAAGUUGUGCAUUCUGUCCUCUGGCUCCACAGUUGUUGUUGUGUUUUUUGUUUGUUUGUUUGUUUUGUUGGCAAUAAUGAAACAACAUUAACAGAUAAAUUCACGUAUGUGUUUUA